AUGGGUGUUCAACUCGCAGGAAAUGGCCCUGGAGAGCCGCCCAUGAACCCUAAGAUUGCGGUUCCUCUAUUCGUCGUUGGAGGACUCAUCACCUUGUUGUUUGUAUAUCGAACCGUCAUCCGGGUGAGCAAUCGUCGACGUGAAAAGCUAGCCUUGCAAGGUGAUGAUCAGACUCAACUCUCCAUGACACACGGUGCCAUUGCGGGGAUCAAGAAGCAUCUGCUCUAUGCGCCGCUGUGGGGUUCUCGCCAUAGUCGAGAGUUUCGAUUUCUUCGACUUCACAUGGGAUCGAUGCCGUUGCGAUUGGAGGUCAUUCUCUUGGCGGUUUAUCUCUCUCUCAAUAUCAUCUUUGUCUUUGUGUCGGUUGAUUGGUGGGAAGGGUACUCCAAGAAAAUGUUCCAGUUGAAGUAUGCGGCGGGGCAUCUGGCUGUGAUGAACACGCCUGGAUUGGUUCUCAGUGCUGGACGGAAUAACCCGUUGGUGAUGAUGUUGGGUAUUUCGUUUGAUACGUUCAACUUCAUGCAUCGAUGGGUUGGGCGGGUUAUCGCGGCGAAUGCUGUUAUUCACAUGAGUGCUGUUCUGGCAAAUCAAGCCUAUAUAAAUGGCGUGGAUUACAUUCUAUACACAAUUUGGCAAAUGCCGUUCUACAUUUAUGGCCUUGUGGCAGUCCUCGGCUUUGUUUUCAUCUUCCUUCAAUCACUAUCGCCGCUCCGUCACUCCUUCUACGAGCUGUUCCUCCACCUGCACAUCGCUCUGGCCAUCAUAUCAUUCGUUGCUCUGUGGUAUCAUCUCAAGAAUCUACUACAACAACGGGUACUACUUGGAACCUUAAUCUUAUGGGGACUAGACCGAGCCAGUCGAGUCCUCAUUCUCCUUUGGAGAAACUGUUCCAAGCGUCCUACAACCGCCACAGUCGAAGCUCUAUCAGGCUCAGUCGCAAAGGUCGAGGUGGAAGUCGCUCGCUCUUGGAAAUUCCGUCCUGGUCAAUACAUGUAUCUCUACAUGCCAUGUUUGGGUCUGUGGACCUCACACCCAUUUACCGUUGCGUGGGCAUCGACCGGCGAAUCAACCUUAAGCCACAAUGAAAAGCGCAGUUCAAGUGAUUCGUUCGCUUCGCUGCUUGGUGGUUCAGAGACGACUACCAUGUCCGUCCUCAUUAAGGGACAGGAUGGGUUUACCAAGAAGCUUCUCCAGAAGGUGGAAGACUCGCCCGAUGGAAGAAUCAAAGCAUUGGCAUUGGCAGAAGGGCCAUUCGGUGGUCUUCACUCAUUGAAAUCCUACGGAACCCUCCUUUUAAUCGCGGGCGGUAUCGGAAUCACACAUCCCAUGUCAUAUCUGCAUGAGGUAGUCACCAACUUCACUUCCCGGACAUCGGCAACCCGGAAGGUUCACCUAGUCUGGAUGAUCCGAAGUCUAGAUCACUUGACCUGGAUCCAUACAUGGAUGCUAGACGUCCUAAGCCACGAUGCGCUGAAAUCCUCAAUUGAUCCAAAAGGUGGCUCGUACUUCCAAUUCCAGGGUUUAAUGCUCUCCAUCCGCAUCCAUGUCACAGGCGACAAGGAGGAUGCCGAAGCGUAUACACCUACAUUGGAAACCCCGUGGACAGAGGCUGCUCCGGCCAAUGUACCAAUUAGUGUAGAGUAUGGCAAGCCGUGCUUCACAACAUUGCUGGAAAAUGAAAAGGCGGAGCAGGUUGGUGCGUUGGCGGUUAGUGUUUGCGGCCCUGGUGGUCUUGGUGAUAGUGUGCGUGAAGCUGUUCGUCAUGUACAAGGGGAGAAGACGGUUGAUCUUUUUGAAGAGUCUUUCUCGUGGUGA